AAAACAAAGCAAAAACCAGUAUGACAAUCCCUGAACUAUGGAUUGGGAAGAAGAGGUUAAAGAGAAAGGCUAACACUUCAAUCCAACAACACGAAAAAGUAAGGUCACCUGAUUUUAAUCACAAAACUGGAGAAGAAAGAGGAGAACAUCUUUCUCCAAGUAACACAGCAGAUUGGGUGAUCACCAUCAAAGAGAAGCUUGAUCAAGUCUCCCCAAGUGAAGCUACUAACUCCUGGCUCAACCACAUCAUCUUUAAAGUCCCCAAGCACCUCAGAGAAAUCGAUCCAAAAGCCUAUGAUCCCCGAAUAGUCUCAAUCGGUCCUUACCAUCAUUGUAAAACCAACCUCAAAGGGAAGGAGAAGGACAAGUGGCGCCUCCUUCAUCAUCUCCUUGAACGUACAGGGCAUUCAGUGGAGCUCUACUUACAGGCCAUGGCCGACCUUGAAGAGAAGACUAGAAGUUGCUACUCAGAAUCUCUUGACAACAUCAAUAGCCGAGAAUUUGUGGAGAUGAUGUUGCUUGAUGCAUGCUUCAUAAUUGAAUUGAUAAAUGUAUCAGUUAAGGGGUUCAUACAUUGUGGUUACUCAUGGGGUGACCCCAUAUUUACUACCCGUGGUUUCCUGCCAUGUAUCCAAAGGGACCUGUUAAUGCUUGAAAACCAGCUUCCUCUCUUUGUAUUAGACAGGUUAUAUGCUCUCACCUGUGACCCAGACGAGCAUGUCUCAGUGAGUCAACAAGCACUCCAAUUCUUCAACUCAAUCAUCCCAUGUUGCCACAACCUAGACUAUGACUUGAUGAAAAUCAAUGAACCAGGCCUACAUCUUCUCCAUGUUAUUCAGCAGUGUCUGCUCCCCACCAAUGCUGCAUUUUCAUGCAUUGGGUGUGAGCCUGAAAAGAGACAGCAGACCCAAGCACUGAUGCAUUGUGUUACAGCGCUGAGGGACUCGGGAGUAAAGUUCGAGAGGAAGGCAACCAAAAAAUUCCUGGACAUUGAAUUCAAGAAUGGUGUUCUUUACAUCCCUACCUUGGUAAUCCAUGACUCAACCAAGUCCAUCUUCCUCAAUCUUAUGGCUUACGAGCAGUGCUAUCCACACUGCAGUAACGAUGUCACCUCCUAUGUGAAUUUCAUGAAUGGACUUGUCAAUACUACUCGAGAUGUGGGGUAUCUACGUCGCCGAGGGAUCAUUGAUCACGGACUUGGGAGCAAUGAGGAGGUGGCUUGUCUCUUCAACAACAUUUGUAGGCAUAUCUCCUUCGACAUCAACGAUUGUUAUCUAUCUGGUGUAUCAAUCACUGUUAAUAGAUACUUCGACCAGAAAUGGAAUACAUGGAGAGCCAUCUUGAAGCAUGACUACUUUAGCAACCCUUGGGCCAUUGUCUCUCUCCUAGCUGCUGUCCUUCUCAUUGGGCUUACUCUAACUCAAACGUUAUAUAAUGUACUUGCCUACUAUAUUCCUCCCUCAUAGAACUACAAAAUUUGUUACUGUUGGUGCGAACUAGUAUCUUAAGAAGAUUUUAAUAAGAAACUGAGCUUUUAAGACUCACUUUGCUUUCCAA